AUGUCUGCAGUGAACCAUCUCUUCGAUCUCCCCGAUCAGAUUUGCUAUGUCCAAUGUGGUUUCUGCGCCACCAUAUUACUGGUAAGUGUCCCAUGCAGCAGCUUGUCAAUGUUGGCCGUCACGGUCAGAUGUGGUCACUGCAGUUGCCUCCUAUCUGUCAACAUGAUGAAGGCCUCCUUUGUUCCCCUCCAUCUGUUAGCUUCCCUUACCCAAGAUGAGCAAAGAGAAGAACUCUGCUUAGAAGAAGUGGACAAACAGAACAACAACCCCUUGGACAUGCGCAGCCCAUCCAUGGUGGUUUCCAAUUCUGACAAUGAAGAGGAGGACACAAUCUCUAUGAAUCCCAUUGUUAACAAGCCACCAGAGAAGAGACAACGAGCUCCGUCGGCCUACAACCAUUUUAUCAAAGAAGAGAUCAGGAGGCUUAAAGCUGAGAAUCCAAGGAUGACUCACAAGGAAGCUUUCAGCACAGCUGCAAAAAAUUGGGCCCAGUUCCCUCCAAUUCAGUACAAAGGAGAUGGUCCAGAUGGAGAGAGCUGCACUAGCCAGAGAGAGGAAAAUGUGACAUGGGAUUCUGAUGUUCCUGAGGCCCAUGAAGAUGGCAAAGUUUUCCGCGAGAGAAAGGCCCCAAGGCAUUCCAUAUGGGCAAGGACACCCUUCGAGUGA